GAACAUAGCCUAAUAAGUCAUAGCGAGUUGGUUAGUUGAACAAGGAACAUUUCUACAGAAGAUACUUUUUUAGAGUGAAGAUCAUUUCAUUAAUCAGAAGAUAUUGUGACAUUGAAUGAAAUAUGAAAGUUGUGUUGAUAUUGGUGCUCAUAUCCUACAUCAACAUAACCCAGGCAAAAGACUUUUUCGAAAGUUGUAUCAUAAGUGAGUCCGCUGAUGAAGGUGCUAUGGUGUUUAAGGGAAAAUUGAAUGCGAUGGGUAUUUCGCAGUUUAACAUUAAAAUUACCGACGUGAGAUUUGCAGCGUUUUUUAUUCUGGAUGAUAAGAUGAGAGGAACAAUCAAGUUGGCGAAAUCAUUGCAAGGAUCAAUACCAUUUAAUAGGAAAAAUAAAUAUGAAAUAAACGUCGAACUAAACAAUAACAUUAACAAAAUCAACAUCAAUUUGAUUAUGAUUAAAGAAGGAAUCGCCGAUGGUAUAAUGCACAGUCUUAUGUAUAAAAUGUCGGAGGUGAAACCAAGCAAUCCCUAUCGUCCUAUUUCUCGAAACUACAUUCUUCCUAAAAAAAUUCACAGUAUAUUAAUGUCGACCAAAAGUCAGAGGGUUAAACGAUCAUCAUUAGCGACUUCUAAAUUCAACCAUAUUUAUCAAGAGACCGUAAAGCAAAUGAAAAUUACAAUCAACCCAAAUGCUCAAUUUCACGCUGGACCUCAAGCAUUGUUAUCCACUAAGGCACUUGAAGACUUAAUAGAAGAGACAGGAUGUAUUCCAGAGGUGAAAGAUAUAAAAUGUGGACCAGAAACAUUUCGAUAUCGCACGAUAAACGGAACAUGUAACAAUUUAUUAAAUCCAACAAGAGGUGCAGCUGACAGUGUGUUUGUACGAUUGCUUCCUGCUCGAUACUUUGAUGCUGAAGGACUGAGUGAACCUGCAGGUGGAGGACUAGAUCAACCUAAUGCACCAGACCUACCUAAUCCAUCCAAUGUGACCGAUCAAUACAUUGUAAUUCAAAACAAGAAUCAACCAAACCGCGAUGGCAUAACACAUUUGUUCAUGCAAUGGGGACAAUUUCUUGAUCAUGAUUUAACAUUGGCACCGGAAUCUGAAAAUGGCGAUAUAUGUGCUGAUGUGCCUUGCAAUGGCAGUGCAGCAGAUUUUGUCGAUCCAUGCUUUCCAAUAUUGCCAGUAAAUAACAGGUCUUGCAUCAGAAUGAUUAGAUCUGCAGCAAGAUGUCAAAUUGAUGGUUACCAACUGGAGCCACGAGAACAAAUCAAUGUAAAUACAGCAUAUAUUGAUGGCUCUAUGAUUUAUGGUUCAACUGAUAAUCUAGCACUCAGACUUCGUGAUACCAAUGAUCGUGCGUUGUUGGCAACUUCUGGUGAUGAUCUACCUCCAAUUGAUAACACUCAAUUGGGUGAGCCUCUUAACCUUUGUGAAAAUCUUGGAUCUUGUUUUUUAGCAGGUGACGUUCGUGUAAACGAACAAGCAGCUUUAGCAUCUAUGCACACACUCUGGGUUCGGGAACACAAUCGUAUUGCAACUGGUCUAAGAAACAUCAAUCCUUUCUGGGACGAGGAGAAAAUUUAUCAGGAAGCAAGAAAAAUUGUUGGCGCCUUGGUUCAACAAAUUACCUUCAAGGAAUGGCUGCCAAUUCUCAUAGGAAGAAAUGCUUUGCCUCGGUACAAACGAUACAGACCUAAAAUCGAUCCAGGGAUCUCUAAUGAAUUCUCUACAAUAGCAUUUCGGUUGGGUCAUAGUCUAGUCAGACCUAAAUUCGAUUUUCUUAAACGUGACUACAGUCCUUUCCCAUUCUCUCCAGUCCCCCUGCGUCAAGUUUUCUUUAACAACACACUUGCCCAACUCAACGGAAUUGAUGGCUGGAUUAUUGGUUUGGUUGGCAAUGUUUCUCAAGAAAUGGACAAUGAAAUGGCGAUAGGACUUACAAAUGAAUUGUUUCAACGUGAUGUAAUCAGUCGAGAAGGUCUAAAUCUUGCUGCUUUGAACAUGCAACGUGCACGUGAACAUGGUCUAAGUUUUUAUAGUGAUAUUUUAGCAUCAUGUCAACGUAAAUAUCCUGGAUUGUAUCCUGCCAAUCUUGAUCUUUCUAAUGUAAAAAGUUUUGAUGAACUCACUGAUCUCUUUAAACCAGAAGUUUUAAAAAGUCUCAAAGAAGUUUACAACGAUAAACCUCAAAAUACUGAUGUGUUUCCUGCUGGUAUCGGUGAAAACCCACGAGAUAAAAACUUCGUUCCACAUAUUUCGAGAAAAAAACAACGCUAUGGAACAAUUGACGAUUGUCUACCAGAUCCAAUACUUGGACCCACUUUCACAUGUUUAGUUAUCGAUCAGUUCGAGCGACUUCGUGACGGAGACAGAUUUUACUUUGAAAAGAAACGUGUUUUCAAGUUUUCCCAACGUAGAGCUAUGAAACAACGCAAACUAUCUGACAUAAUUUGCAGCAACGUAGAUAUUAUAUCAAUACAGAGAAAUGCUUUCCUUGACAAUCAUAAGUAUAGUUGUGACUCUAGCAGAAAAUUGGAUCUCACUCCUUGGACAGCAAUACCAAGAAAGUGUCGCCCAAAUCCAUGUCAAAAUGGUGGAUCUUGUAGAUUAAAACGUCGGAAAGUGGUGAUCAGAGGGAAACGACGCAGAAGAUUUGUUCCUACAUGUAGAUGCACAUUUGGAUUUGAAGGACGAUGGUGUCAGAAAAGUAAAAAAACAAUGAUAAGAUAUUAUCAAUACUGAAAUGAAACUUGCACUAUCGUAGGUAUAAAACUUACAACAAAUAUGUAGCUAUAACCAGAGAUAAAAUAAUGUUCACACAUAACUAGAAAUACAUGAUGUCCACAAAUUCUGGUAAUGUGCGUUGAAGUUUUGAUAAAAAUGAAAUUUUGCUGUGGAGUAACUUUGGAGAUAUUUUUAAGAAGUUUACUUAAAUUGUAACUAGAUUUUAUUCAAGAGGAGCUGUACAUUUUUUCACUUUUUUUCUCAUUCAGGAUAUACAUAUUUAUCAUAUUCACAUUGCAUGUAUUUUU